CCAAGAGCGUCAAGCCGUGCGCUAUAACACAAGUAAUAUAUGAAAUAGCAGGCAGGCGUGUAAAGUCCUGCGUCUACAUCAGCAGAGGCUUCGAGUGAACUGUAUAGAGAGAAGGAACAUCAGAUGCAAUUUUGAAGUUAGGUUACAAAACCCCUCAAGCAAUAAGGAUCUUGUGAUUCUUGUCCAAAAUACCCACUCAUAAAAACACGCCCUUUCCUCUGGCUUUCUGGAGACGUGGCGCAGUGGGGGAUGCUGUGCUUUCGUAAGGCAGGCAAAGACCACAUGAUACUUAAAUACACGAGACUGAAGGUGAUGGAGGGUAUGCCGGUGAGCAUGGGUGGCUUGCGGACGCUGCCGUGGUACGUGGCGGGCUCUCAGGUGCUGGGGGUGGCAUGUGUGGUGAUCACAGGCGUGUGGAUGGGACAUUACCGUGGAGGCUACGCCUGGGACGGCUCCACACAAGAGUUUAACGUCCACCCUCUCUGUAUGGUCCUCAGCCUGGUCUUCCUCUAUGGAGAUGCUGUUCUGGUUUAUCGUGUCUUUAGAAACGAGACUAAACGCUCAGUGAAAAUUCUCCACGCUCUGCUGCAUAUGAUGGCUCUUAUCAUCAGUAUUGUGGGUCUGGUGGCUGUAUUUGACUUCCAUUCGGCAGCUAAGAUCCCUCAUAUGUAUUCUCUGCACAGCUGGUGUGGCAUGCUCACUUUUGUGCUGUUUUUCAUACAGUGGUUACUGGGACUGGGAUUUUUCCUUUUCCCAUGGGCCUCUGCUCAGUUGAGGAGCUGGUAUCUCCCGCUGCACGUCUUCUUCGGCCUGUUGCUGCUGGCCAUGUCCGUGGGAUCCUGUCUGCUGGGAAUCACAGAGAAACUGCUCUUCAGUAUCAUGGAAACUUACUCCAGGUUUACUGGUGAGGGGGUCCUGGCAAACAUUUUAGGCUUGUUGCUGGUGUGCUUUGGGGUCGUGGUGGGUUACGUGGUGACGAGAGAUGAUUUUAGGCGACCACCGAAUCCCGAGGAGGAGGCUCUAUCUGUGCACUUUAAGACCCUGUCGGAAGGAGAAAUCCCCAGUUCUCCUUAAUGUCUUAAUGCACUCCAAAAAUGGCCUUUCUGAACUUCACGCCUUUCUACCUGUGUCCUAGCAAACCUGUCAGCCACUUCCUCCUUUUGCAGUCUUCUCGUUUUGUAUUCCCCCAUACUUAACAUUAAUGUUACUAAGCAACAGACAGUAAUUAAAUGUUAUAUAUAUUUUUAAAGUAACUUCUAAUUUUGCCAAACCAAAUUA